AUGAUGCUCGGUUGGACAUUCGCUGUGGGUUUGAGUUUGCGCCUCAGCGCAGCAGAUGAGCAUUACCCCCGGUAUGGUUGCAGCAAGGGAUACGAACAUUUCCCCUUUUGCAACAGCAAGCUCACAGUCGAAGAGCGCGUGGAGGACUUGAUUCAACGCUUGGAGCUCAAUGAGAAGCCUCUGCUGAUGGUGGCCCGUUUGGCACCCUUGGGCAAUGUUUCCCGACUGGGAAUCCCACAAUACGAUUGGGGCGUGAAUUGCAUUCACGGUGUGCAGUCGCGCUGCGGAGACGGCUCACGUUGCCCUACUUCCUUUGCCGCUCCAAACCUGCUCGGUGCUGCUUUCAACGAGUCGGCUUGGUGGGCGAUGGGCCACGUCAUUGGGGUGGAGCUGCGCAGCUUGUGGAAGCAGGGCAAGGGUGAGAACCAUCCUCCAACACAGCUGCCACCACUGGGUUUGGACUGUUGGAGCCCCAACGUGAACAUUGUGCGUGACCCACGUUGGGGCCGCAACAUGGAGACGCCGUCAGAGGAUCCGUUUCUCGUGGGCCGCUUUGGAGUGCAGGUUUCCAAGGGCGUUCAACAGGGCAAAGACCCGAGCAGGCUGCAGGCAAUUGUGACGCUGAAGCACUUUGCCGCCAAUGAGCUGGAGGGCACCUGGCCCGGUCCUGGCGGGCCGGCGCAGUACCCGGGUACAGGGAUGUGUCCUGGCCAGAAAUGCACAAGACACACCAUUGACGUGAAUAUUUCCGCAUAUGAUUUGGCCUCCUCGUACCUGGCCCCCUUCCGAAGCUCGGUGGUUGAUGGCGGCGCCCUUGGUAUAAUGUGCUCGUACAAUGCCAUUAACGGCUAUCCCAGCUGCGCCAACAAGUGGCUACUAGGGAAGCUCCGCAAGGACUGGGGCUUUCAGGGCUAUGUUUCUGGCGACUCGGGAGCGGUGGACGACAUCUACCGGUCCCAUUGGUUUGCUCCUUCCCUGGAGCAGGCUGUUGUCAAGGCCGUGGAAGCCGGCACCGAUGUGCAGUCUGCUGGAUGGACCCACGGGCAGCCUUGGGCAACAGCCAAUGCGGAGUACCUGAAGUGCAUUCCAGAUCUGGUCCGCGCAGGCCAGCUGUCAGAGCAGGCAGUAGAUGAGGCACUCCGGCACACGCUCUCCUUGCGCUUCCGUCUUGGGCUUUUUGAUGACCCGGACCAACCAUACGAGCACUUCUCUCCAGAAGUUGUUCGUUCAAGUAGCCAUGUCGCUGCUGCCAUUGACUCCACUGAGCAGGGUCUGGUGUUGCUGAAGAAUGAGAAUGGCACCUUGCCACUGAGUGGUCGUAUCACAGUCAUCGGCCCGCACGCCACAACACGCCGCGAGCUCUUGGGCAAUUACCUCGGCCAGAUUUGUCCUGGAAAUCAGAAGGAGGAAAGCUUUGGCUGUGUGGAGAACAUUUACGAGGCACUUAGCAAUUUGUCUACGGAUGUGACCACAGCGCCUGGCUUGCCUGGCAUUGAUGCUGACUUGGAUCCCAAGCUUCUUGCGGAAGCUGUGGCUGCUGCCACAGCUGCACAGCAUGUGGUGCUCGCCUUGGGCAUAAAUGCCGGCAGCAUCGAGAGGGAAGGGAGUGAUCGUCACAACAUCACGCUCCCUGAGGGGCAGCUUAGAUUGCUCGAUGCUAUUGCUAGGGUUGGCCGACCCGUAACCGUUGUCCUGAUAAAUGGUGGCAUUGUGGCCAUUAGUCCAGUAAAAGCGAAGGCCAACGCAGUAGUGGAGGCCUGGUACCCGGGUUUCUUCGGUGCCAGAGCCAUUGCCGGAGCACUUUUGGGGAAGAGCAACCGCUGGGGUAAGCUGCCUGUGACCAUAUAUGAUGAGACCUUUACCGAUGACUUCGAUAUGCUCAGCUUUGAUAUGACCAAGGCCCCAGGGCGGACAUAUCGCUACUUCACUGGCAAACCUCUCUGGCCGUUUGGCUUUGGUCUUUCGUACACAACCUUCGCCCUGAGCCUGCAGGGUCCAAGGUCGGUGACUAUUUUGCAGAAGGGUGGUACAACCAAAAUCCCGGUGCAAGUUCGGAACACCGGUCCCAUGGAUGGGGAUGAGGUUGUGAUGGCUUAUUUUAGACCUGCGCAGGGUACGCUUCCUGCGGGCUCCCGGGCAGCCAAGCUCCGCCAGCAGCUCUUCGGUUUUGAGAGGGUGGCGGUUGCACACGGGCAGGAUGCAAUGCUCAGCUUUGAGGUGACGGCAGCGAGUUUGCAGGUUUUCACCGAUGCUGGCGAUGCUGUGAGCUAUGCUGGCAAGUACACAGUGUUGCUCAGCACUGGCAACGUGGAUGUGGCAGUUGAUGUCACUGUUGUCGGAAAGGGCAAGCAGCCAGUGCUCCUAGAGCCAUGGGAGCCCCAUCAGGCAAUCGAGAGCUUGGUGGUAUAA